AUGCAAAGCUAGCCUGAUCCUUUUCAAUUCAGUGACAAAUAAGCCGCACAAGAGCUUAAGAAAGACCCUAAGUAUACCAGAUUCUUAGACUGGUGCAUUCAACAAGGAAUGAAUUUGGAAAGAAUUAAUUACCCCUCUGCUUACGGCCCUUCUGGGUUAUUAGUAGGAGUCGGUACGAAUUAAUAGUUGAAGAAAGGAGAUUGGAUCUUGAGAACUCCCUGCUCGACAAGAACAGAUUAUGAAACUAUUAGAAAUAGUUCAGGUGUUGGGGAGAUAAUCAAAGCAUUAGAUGUUAAUUAAGACUACACUCUAGCUCUUUUCUACAUGCAUUAGUUACUCUUAGGUACUGAGUCACAUUUAUACCAUGCCAUUUCAGUUUCAGCCCCUGCUGAUCUACCAUUUUAAUGGACUGAAGAAGAAAUCGAGUUUAUACAAGAUACUCAGGCAAUAGGUUUAAUCAAAAGACUGAGAGUUUAGUGCCUUCAAGAAGCGGAUGAAAUUUAUGGAAAGGUUAUGGAGCAUGGUUGCGUUGACAAAUUUUGCCCAGGAGAACAUACUAAAGAAAACUUCGUGAAAUAGUAUUUUUAAGCAUGGUCGAUGACUUAGUCCAGAUUGAUCUCGUUUGGUUUCAAUCUUAAGUAUUACUCUAUGUUACCAAUGAUUGAUUCAAUGAAUCAUCACACUGCAAAAGAAACCUCAAUUUGGCAGGUAGUUGAUUCUGAGGGUAAGAUAUUGACAUAAAACAGUACUGCGAAUCUAAGUUGCUAUUGCAUACCUGGUUUUGAAGCUGUUAACGGCCCUUAGUAUCUCCCUCCUUCAGAAUAAGUGCUAGAAACAAUUAUAAGUGAAGUUCCUAUAGGAAUUGUUGAAGAUACAACAGCUUACUUUGUACCUCCAGAAGGUUCUUUCUUCUAAAUAGUAAGUGCUUAAGACCUUGAAGAAGGAGAGUAGAUUCCAUGUAGUUAUGGAGACAUGUCUAAUAGAUAUCAUUUUGUCAACUACGGCUUCUUCUUAAGGAAUAAUAAAAGUGAUUGCUUUUCAAUCAAACUUAAGAUUAGUGGGAAAGAGAAGAUCAUUCUUUUGCACAAAAAUAACAGACUUGACAAAUUCCUAGCCUCCUGCAAGCAAGUUUUUAAUGAUGCUGGGUUGAACACCUGUAACUAUUCACUCGUAUGCUAGUUAGCAAUAGAACUCAUAAAACAGCAGUAUCUUAUUGACUUCGGAAACUCUCUUGAUGAUGCAGAGGAGCCAAUUGAAGAAUUUGAAAGCAAUAGAAAGAGAACUGCUUAUGAAUACAGGACAGAACAAAGAAAACUAUACUAAGAACAUGUUGAUGAGUUAUAAAAACUAAUAGUCUCUAAAAAUAACACUCUCUUUAACUGA